AUGUUCUCUCUUACUUUCUCUCUUUCUUUCUUUCUUUCUUUCUUUCUUUCUUUCUUUCUUUUUUUCUUAUGCAUCACCUCGCGAAAAGUAGACCCGCGCCGCCUUUUCAAGCCCUCGCCGAAAAGUAGACCAGCCGCCUUUUCCAAACCUCAUGAAAAGAGAAUUUCAACAUCAACCGUUCUUCUCUCACUCUCCAUUUUUAUCUUCCAUAUUUCUUCCUUUCUUCUCUCACUCUUUUUUGCUUUCUAUUUUUCUCUCUUUUACCUCCCUCACUGUUACAUCCUUCGCUUUUUUUCUCUCUGUCUCUUUUUUCUCUCUAUCUCUCUUUUCUUCUCUCUCUGUCUCUCUUUUUUCUCUCUCUGUCUCUUUUUCAUCCUCUAUUGCUUUUUUAUCUCUCACUCUGUCUCUUUUAUCGCUCUCUCUAUCUCUUUUUUAUUUUGUUAUCAUAUUUAUUUUUCUCUUUUGAUUUCGCUAUCUCUCUUUUUCAUUUUCUCUCUUUUUCAUUUUCUCUCUUUUUCAUUUUCUCUCUUUUUUUCAUUUCUCUAUCUCUCUUUUUUCAUUUCUCUAUCUCCUUUUCACCUUUUUCAUUCUUUUCAUUUCUCUCUCACUCUAUAUCUUUUCUCUCUCUCAUUUCUCUCUCUCUCUUUUUCUCAUUUCUUUCUCUCUUUUUCUCUUUCUUCUCUCUUUCUCUUUUCUUUCUUCUCUCUCUUUUUCUCUUUUCUUUCUUCUCUUUUUCUCUUUUCUUUCUUCUCUCUUUCUCUUUUCUUUCUUCUCUCUCUCUCUCUUUUCUCUCAUUUUUAUCUUUCUCUCUUUUCUCUCAUUUUUAUCUCUUUCUUUUUUUCUCAUUUUUAUCUCUCUCUUUUUCUCAUUUCUUUCUCUCUCUCUCUCUCUCUCUCUCUCUUUCUUCUCUCUCUCUCUCUUUCUUUUCUCUCUUUCUCUUUUCUUUCUUCUCUCUUUUUUCUCUGUUUUAUCUCUCUUUCUUUUCUCUUUUUUGGUAUUCCUUAA